AACGAAAACCUCCAAGUCCAUAUAACAUUUCGUCUUUGCUUACCCCCCAACACCGACCGACACAUAUUCUCCCCCUCACACCUCGAGGCUAUGAAGUAUGCAUUAAACCCCCUCGCCAAUUAAAACUCCACCUACACACUCCCACUCCCACUCCCACACCGUCCGCUGUAGUCUGCAGUAAAAUGGAGAGGUGUUGGGGAGGAGGAGGAGGAGGAGCAGCAGCAGCAGGAGUGGCGGCGGCGGUGUCGGAGCCGCACAAGCCAGUCCCGGCGCCCUUCCUGACGAAGACGUAUCAGCUGGUGGACGACCCCGCCACGGACCAUAUCGUCUCCUGGGGUGACGACCGUGUCUCCACCUUCGUGGUGUGGCGCCCUUCUGAGUUCGCCCGGGACGUCCUCCCCAACUACUUCAAGCACAACAACUUCUCCAGCUUCGUCCGCCAGCUCAAUACCUAUGGGUUCCGGAAGGUGGUGCCGGAGAGAUGGGAGUUCGCGAACGAGUUCUUUAGGAAAGGCGAGAAGGAGCUCUUGUGCGAGAUCCACCGCCGCAAGACCUGCUCUUCCUCUUCUUCCUCGUUUCCAUUGGCUUCGUCUCUUCCCUUGUUCCCUCCCUUCCACCACUUGGAAGACUACCGCCUGGCCUCCCCACACUGGCACGACGCCUCCUCGUCGCGCUUCCUCCUUCUCGGCGGCAAUGAUGUUAAUUCUACUAAUGCUAUUCGGAUCGGCGGCGGCUGCGGAGGAGGAGGGCAGCCGACUGCGGCGGCGUUGUUGGAGGAGAACGAGAGGUUGCGGCGGAGCAACGCGGCCCUGCUGUCGGAGUUGUUCCACAUGCGGAAGCUUUAUAACGACAUCAUCUACUUUGUGCAGAACCACGUCCGCCCCGUCGCCCCCAGCUCCGCCGCAGCUUCUGCCAACUUCUUCCUGUCCUCAGCCUAUCAACGGAGAGGGUGUCACAACUCCGGCAGUCCCACCUCCAGCAGCUCGCUCACCAUUGCCGAGGAUCCAUCGCCUUCUCCACUCGACAACGCAACAAAUGACAAGGACAUUGGCUGCAACGAAGAGAGCAGCAGUGCGAGACCCAAGCUCUUUGGGGUGUCACUUCACGGCUGUUCUAGCAGCAGCAACAAGCGAGGAUUUCAUCUCCACGAGCCAACCUCGCCCUUCACCAGACCGCGUUUGGUGUUAGACAAGGAGGACUUGAGUCUCAAUCUAACGCCAUCUUCUCCCCCUGCCUGUUAACACACCCAUCCCAUCCCAUCCCUUCUCUCAUCAUCUACUGCUCUAGACUCCUUGUCGUUGUUUCUCUUUCCAGCUUCGCUAAUUUUGUAGUUGCCUUCUCAGUUGCUGUCGAGAAUUAAUGUAAAUAAUCCGAUCUAAUGGACUUGGUGUACUUUUCACGUCA